AUGAGUUGCUUCGAGAGAUCGUGGAUACCCUGGUUUUGUGAUAUCCAUGGAAAUGAAUUCUUCUGUGAGGUUGAUGAAAGUUUUAUCAAUGAUCGAUUCAAUUUAACUGGUUUGAGGGAGCUAGUGCCACAUUAUGAACGUGCUCUAGAUUUGAUUCUGGGCUUGGAUCCAUCAGGUAGUACAGGUGAGGAUGAGGAAGAAUAUUUAACCCGAAGUAAUGCUGAAGAACGUGAAGCUCGAACACUCUAUGGACUCAUUCAUGCACGUUAUAUUAUGACUGAUUCUGGUAUCAAUCAAAUGAUAACUAAAUGGAAUAAUGGUGAUUUCGGAUUUUGUCCUCGUUUCUAUUGCAACGAACAAAGUUUACUACCAAUUGGACUUUCCGAUAUUCCGGGAAUAUCAACGGUGAAAUUGUUUUGUCCUAAAUGUAUGGAUAUUUAUAUGCCAAAGAGUACAUAUCAUCAGGAUAUCGAUGGUGCAUUUUUUGGUACAAGUUUUCCUCAUAUGUUAUUCUUUGAGCAUCCAGAAUUAAGACCGAAGCGAUCAGUUGAUAAUUUUGUUCCACGAUUAUUUGGCUUCAAAAUACAUCCUACAGUAUAUGAAUAA